AUGGACGACAUAGCUAAGAUGCUGGCCCGCGGCUUGGAUUUCGUUAUGAUGAACAGCACCAUGCUCAGUUUGACGAAGAGCGCCUUCACCAACAUCCCCCACCCGCCCGCCGCCACCGCCGUCCCCCUCUCCGGCGUCGUCCCGGCGAGGGCCCCCGACGGGGUCGACCGCAUCAGCCGCCUCCCCGCCGGGAUCCUCCGCAACAUCGUCUCCCGCCUUCCCGUCAAGGACGCCGCGCGCACCACCGUCCUCUCCACGCGAUGGCGCCGCGUCUGGCACACGACGCCGCUCGUCCUCGUCGACGCCCACCUCCUCCCCAUCGCCUCCAUCGGGACCAGCCGCAGCCGCCUGUACAGCCUCGGCGCUGACCCGCGCAACCUCACCGACGCGGUGUCCACCGUCCUCGCCGCGCACCCGGGCCCCUUCCGCUGUAUCUACCUCCUUGGCACCCCGAUGGAGAUGCGCCGGGACGAGCUCGCGCUCUGGCUCCAGCACCUCGCCGCCAAGGCCGUCCAAAAACUCAUUUUUGUGAACCGCGCAAGGACGAUGAAAACCGAGGCGCAUCUCCCCGCCACGCUCUUCAGGUGCACCUCCCUCACCAAACUCUACAUCGGCUUCUGGUGGUUCCCAGAGACCGCCACCCUUCCUCGUGCCGUCGCGUUCCCCUACCUCCGGGAGCUCGGUCUCUUUUCCCUCGUCAUGAAGGAAGAGGACCUCGCCUUCGUGCUGAACAGAUGCCCCGUCCUGGAGAAGCUCGUGAUUACCGGAAGCCCGUGGCCGGUUUGA